UGCUCAGGGGCCCGCUCACAGCCCCUUCCCCAAGGGUUCCCCCAGCAGCCCUGGCUCAGGGCGGGGUCGGGUGGCUCCGGCAUCCACAUUCCUCUUCCGUUUCCCCCUUUCACAAGCCAGGAAGGACCCAGCGCCCCCGCCCCGUGCCCCGGCCUGGAGUGGGCCGGGCAGGUCCCACCCCGGCUGCAGAGCCGCUGGCCGCCCCCAGGGCCGGGUCCCAGCCACCCGUUCGGGGCGGUGCGGGCCGCGCCGGCCGGCUCCUGCCCUGCGGGGGCGGCCCCCGGCUCAGCCGCGCUGCUGCCCGCCCCCAUCAGGGCGGUCGGGGGCCGAGCGCAGGGCCGGGCUGGGCAGCGAGCACGGAGCCGCCUGCCCCUGGGCUCCAGCGCCCAGUGCCCGAGGGAGCCGCCAUGGCCAACGCGGGCUUGCAGCUGCUGGGCUAUUUCCUGGCGCUGGGCGGCUGGGUCGGCACCAUCUGCAGCGCGGCGCUGCCGCAGUGGAAGCAGAGCUCGUACGCGGGGGACGCGAUCAUCACGGCCGUGGGGCUGUACGAGGGGCUGUGGAUGAGCUGCGCCUCGCAGAGCACGGGCCAGGUCCAGUGCAAGCUGCACGACUCGCUGCUCUCGCUGGACGUUCACCUCCAGACCUCCCGGGCGCUCAUGGUGGUUUCUAUCCUCAUGGGCUUUGUGGGGGUCAUUGUCAGCGUGGUGGGAAUGAAAUGUACCAAAGUGGGGGACGAGAACCCUGUUAUCAAAAGCCGGAUUGCUGUGGCCGGUGGCAUUCUCUUCCUCAUAGCAGUGUUCCAGAUGAGUGUGAUCUUCCAGCUGAUGGCUUUCUGCCUGGGUCUCCUCUCCACCCUCUUCCUGGUCAUAGCCACCUGCACCGAUUGCUGGAUGGUUAAUGCUGACGAUAGCUUGGAGGUCAGCCUCAAAUGCCGGGGGCUGUGGAGGGAAUGUGUCACCAACGUGCAAGAUGGCAUCAGGACUUGUGACCAGUACGAUUCCAUUUUAGCAGGCCAUCCAUUGAAGAUCGUGGUGACGCGAGCACUGCUGAUCACAGCUGACAUUCUGGCGGGCUUGGCUUUGAUUACGCUGCUGUUGGGUCUGGACUGCAUCAAGUUUCUCAAGGAAGCGCCCCACAUCAAACUGAAGAUGUGCUACAUGGCUGGCUUAACCCUUGGCCUUGGAAGUGUCCUUGGCAUGGUCGGCUCCGUGUGGUAUGCGGUGGAUGUCUAUGUGGAGAGAGCCACUCUGAUAUUACACGACAUAUUCCUGGGGAUCCACUACGACUUCGGGUGGUCUUGCUGGCUGGGAAUGGUUGGUUCGACAGGUUGCUUUAUGGCCUCCAUCAUGCUAACCUGCUGCCUUUAUAGCUUCACAGAUGAUAGACCCUCCAGGAGACCUCAAAGGUCCAUCUACCCAUCUGGAAGAACUGCCACUGGGCAGAUGUAUAUGAUAAACUCCCGAGUGUAAUGAAGUAGCUGUACCUCCAAGGAUACCUGUCUUCAGUCCCACACUCUGUCUGCUGCUCUUCCAAAGCACCCAAACCUCCUGAAAUUUUCUCUGGAUUUGCUUUUGAAGUGGAGGCAUCAUAUCAGCUUCCAGCUUGUGACAGUGGCUUUUUGACCGUGAACAAUUAUCUCACUCAAUUUUCCAGAACCUUGAUGUGUUUUUAGGGUAAUUAAUGAAAGUUUCUGUAGCGUUCUGUAAGUGUAGCGUAGCUGCAAGGGGCUUUAAGGUACUCCACACAGAGGCUGGCAUCAUUUUGGCAAGAUAUGGGCGUUU